AUGCUAUCUUUUGGUCUCGCAAACGACGCCUGGGGUCAUCCCUGGGUGGUCCUCCCAUUAGCCGUGAUCUUAUAUAUUGUAGUGCUCGGGGUAUAUCGCCUAUUCUUUCAUCCUUUAUCGCGCUUUCCGGGCCCUGUCCUCGCAGCUUUGACUGUCUGGUACGAGUUCUAUUACGACGGAAUCCGGCGAGGCCUGUAUACUUUUGAGAUUCAGCGCAUGCAUGAAAAGUACGGGCCCGUUGUCCGGAUCAGUCCCAACGAACUCCACGUCAACGAGCCUUCCUUUAUUGAUGAGCUGUACGCGGGAUCGGGGAAGAGGCGUGACAAGUACCCCUACUCCACGUGCCAGUUCGGUAUUCCGGACAGCGUUUUUGGGACCCCGGGACAUGACCUCCAUCGCCUGCGACGCGGCGCUCUCAGCAGAUUCUUCUCGAAAACCUCAGUGACGAAGCUCGAGCCUAUAAUCGAGAAUGCCAUCGGGAAACUCUGCACGCAGCUCGAGAGCUAUUCUGGGUCGCAGCAACCCGUGAAGAUGGACAUGGCCUUUAGUUGCAUGACGACUGACGUAGUGACUGAGUACGCCUUCGCUAAAAGCUACAAUUUUCUGGACUCACCCACGUUCGAACCCAACUUCCACCGCCCCAUUGUUGCCGGGGCUGAUCUGGGUCCGUGGGUCAAGCAGUUUCCCGUUCUGCUAAAGGUGAUGAACGACCUCCCAAAAUGGAUCCUGACGAGAAUCAACCCCGAGGCGGCAGUCUACAUCCAGUUCCAAGAAGACCUACGGAGACAGAUCCGUGAGGUGCAAUCACAGGUCGAUAAGGGAGAGUCGAAUGGGAAGAUUCCGACCAUUUUUCACGAACUCUUGACCGGGGAUCUGCCAGAACAGGAGAAACGGAUUGAGCGCCUCUGGCAGGAAGGUCAAAUUGUUGUGGGUGCCGGUACGGAGACCACUGCAUGGACACUCUCUGUCACGCUGUUCUACCUGCUCGACAACCCGCGCAUCAUGCGCCAACUUCAAGAGGAGCUUGAGCGGAUCAUUCCUGAUGCGGCACAGUCUGUGACUUGGCAUCAGUUGGAGCAACUCCCGUAUCUUAGUGCCGUGAUCUGCGAGGGCCUCCGUCUAUCAUACGGAGUGAGCAGUCGAUUGCAACGCAUCAACCCCCUUGGACCCCUCUGGGUGCGGUCUCGGGAUGCGAAAGGCGGCCCACACGGAAAGGGCCGCUGGGUGGAGUAUGAGAUCCCCAAGGGGACGCCCGUCGGGAUGACUUCCACCCUGAUCCAUACCAAUCCCGAACUGUUCCCGGAUCCGCAUGAGUUCAAGCCCGAGCGAUGGCUCGAUGGUGCAGGAAAACGCCAUCAUUCACUUGACGGGUACCUGUUGUCUUUUUCUCGCGGGAGUCGUCAGUGCAUUGGUAUCAAUCUUGCUUACGCCGAACUCUACAUGGGACUAGGCUUGUUGAUUCGACGCCUUGGCCAUCGCCUAGAACUCUUUGAAACCACCAGCGCAGAUGUUGAGAUCCACUACGAACGCUUUCUGCCGACACCUAAAGACGGAACACAGGGCAUCAGGGUUCUGGUCCAUCCGGAAUCAGAAUAA